AUGGCCACGGAGACCAUCCCCCCAGCCGUGGGCGGAUCGCCAAAGCUGGAAGAAGACAAAUCCCGGCGUGAAGAAGCACCCCUUAAGAGAAAAGCAUCACUUGGUGACGACGAUGACUCGCCCUACACCAAACGCCAGCGACAAGACGACGACGACGGCUCGCCGCCACGUCGUAGACCGUCUAUCCAAUCAGAGGCCCAAGAUCGAAGGGCGUCUGCCACACAGGAGGAAAAGAAGCGCGGGAAGCGGCUAUUCGGCGGUCUCCUGAGCACACUCAGCCAGACGAGCACCAACUCGCAGCACAAACGACGGCAAGAGAUUGAACGGAGACAGCAGGAGCGCAUGCAGAAGCAGAGAGACGAGGACGACAAGAAACGUGCAGACAAGGUGGCCAGGAUAAAGGAGACUAGGAUUGUGGAACAUAUUGAUUUCGAGGAGCAGGUGAUGCGGAACAAGCACUCCAAGUUACUAGCCCUCGCGGAAUUCUUAAAGACAAAGUCGCAGCCCUCUAUUUAUUACCUGCCGUGGAAGAGAACGUCAGACCAGGAAGACGCCAUUGACGACCAGGUUCGCUCUGCAAAGGACACUAUAGCCAAGGAGGAGGCGGAGUUCAAGUCGAAAAAGGAGCUCCAUUUAAGUCGGUAUCAGCCGCGACGACCGUCAUCCGACAAGGAAAAAGACGGGAUCGGACGGUUGGAAACCGCGCACGUAGGGAAGCACGGCGAGGAGCGGCGCGAGCAGGAGCCGGAUACCAAGGAUCAAGACAAGUCGGUGCAUCAUCAUGAUCCACACGAUGAGUCGGGGGACGUUGUGGUGGAGGCUGACGAGGACACAGUUAUUUACUAG